CCCCCCUAAAUCUUUCAAGAGUCAUCUAAUCAACUACCAAAUACUCUCGGUGGAUAAGAACUUCAAAGAUGCGUGGGAAGAGCUAGGUUGGCAAUCGCAAGCCUCGACACCUGCCCGAAUAGAAGACAUUACCCACGACACACCUCCCACGUCCCCACAAAUUGCAUCAUUGGAAGAGAUACGUCAGCGGUGGGGAAACAUGGCAGGCACUCAUUUCUUUGUAUUUCAUUUGAUCUCAGUACGCAUCCCGGGCAAGAUAGCAGAAACUAUGAGCAUCUGCAUGUGUGAUCGCGCAAUCUGGAGAGAUGCACGGCUGCCUCCUUAUAUGCGCGUCUUCAAUGGCCUCCUAUACGUUACGUGCGGGUGUCUGUGUGGCUGGCUCCUCUGCUUCUGGUGUAAGACAAGAUCCACCACUUGUAGUUUCUGUAUGAUUAUAUUAUGCCCUGCAGUGGCUCGCAGCAUGAUAACUCGAGACCCUAUCAUCUAGUGAUAGUAUCCCCUCGUUGUACGUCUUCUUGCAGCAUUACCCGCUCAGUGUUGAAAGUGGUAGUUACGGCCUACACCGAUCAGCCUUGCGCAAGGGCAGUUCGGCCUGAGCCGUCUUCAACGGCAGCCACUUGCUACUACACUUACCUAUAUGGUGGCACUAAGACGACCCUGAGAUAUCGUGCGAUGACUGAUUGGUGGUGGACGUCAAUACUAAGCCUGGAGAUGGCACCAAGAUGGCACCGAGAAUGCGCUAAGGCUCCUGUAGAAUCUGGCAUGGGACAGUCGAUGAUACUGGUAGCAGGCGUGAUUGGAGCUGAAAAGAUCACUAAUAUCUGAUUUGCCUAUCACAUUGGAUGCUCGAUGCCAGUCGGGCAGUAGUGUCUGCUGCUGAUCUGAUCAUUGCAGUACCGUCCAAUCCGGCAUCUAGCGACCACGCCGGCAUCGCCAAUGCAAGCUAUCAUUGGUAGAAAUUAUUCAGCUCAUGACUCUGAUCCAAUCGCAGCUAGAGAAAGCGGUGCUAGAGUAUCUGCUACAGUCUAUGGUUGCAGCUAACAUGGCGUAGCACCAUAACGCGUUCCUGCCGGAUUCACCUUUCGAAGCUCAACGACAUAUCAUAACUCUACACAACUACCAAAAUCCUCUUAUGUCUACUCCCGUAUCGCUCGCAUCACAUCGUCUGUUGUGUUUCAUCUGUUGGGGUCAAUAUUUGACUUGAUUUGUAUUUUUUUCUUUUCCAACGUAUCCCAUGUCUUUUCAUCCACGGAGGACGCAGCGUUACAAGACGCGUUUCAUGGUUGGGAGAGAUGGAAAACGGCAAGCGCAGCUGUCAUGUCAAUUCCCACACCUCCGCAUCGGAUACUGAAUAGGAAAAUGCGAGGGGCAAGGUUCGGUCCGCUUUCGAAGGUAUUCAGCAUUGUCGUGCGCUCGAGACUCGGACAUGACGACGGCUUUUGACAUUUUUUGCCUUCCUUUUCCCAACAGCCACCGUAUCCAGCCUCUAUGCAUAAUGGACGGAGUAGACCUGAUCUCGCCACGGUCAUCAACACCUCAAAGUGAAUGUUAUUUCCUCCUCCUACCGGCUCCCGAAUCUGCCUUGAUGCAUCUUAUAUGCAAUUUUCAUCUCGCAAAAGCGCGUCAUCGCGUCUUAUAAACUUGUCGGGGCGGUAGUAUACCACGAGAUGGCGACUAUUAAAUUUUCCGUCUCUACGAAAGCGCACAGCCAAUAUUUCGGUAUAUCAGGGAAGGCCCGACAGCAUCAACUAGACAGAACAAGGUAUUUGUUCCCCUGAUUAACUUCCCACUGUCCUGAGCGCUGAUCCAUGUGGAGACAAACACAUCUCUCUUCAGUGACUGAAUCCAAAAGCAAACAGAUUAGAAGCUCCUGGAUCACACAGCUGGGACAUCGUUUGUUGACUGGUUUUGUGGCAAAUCAGCCGACUUCACGUACAUCCAUCCUACAAACUCGCAUCGUAGAUUCGUUCGCCUCUGAACACAUACGUCUAUCACUCAACCAU